UUGAGUCCGAAGAAUGAAGGAAUUGGCAGAUGGUGUGCAGAUUUUUUUACACGAGACUGAAAAGUUUUGUUUUGCUUAUUCAUUCAUGCAAAUGUGACCUGACCGUCUGCAGAAAAGUUCCCUUUGGUAGACCAGUCUAUUGGACGUCACUGCUACUGCUCCACGAAGUCGCAUGUCCGGCGAGCACGAGACAGUCCAGAGUCAUGUCCUGUGAGAAGGGCGACGGAGACCCCAUGGAGGAUCCCCUCUUCAUCCUGGAGAGUGGCGAGGUGUACAGGAACCCCACAGAGGUCAAGAUGAGCCAAAUCGUGAUGCCCUGCCACGCCAACCACUGUGGAGAGCUCAGCGUAGGACAGCUGCUCAAGUGGAUGGACUCCACAGCCUGCCUGUCUGCUGAAAGACACGCUGGGUCUCCCUGUAUUACUGCCUCUGUUGACGACAUCCACUUUGAGCACACUAUAGGAGUUGGACAGGUUGUUAACAUCAAGGCAAAAGUGAACAGAGCCUUCACAUCCAGCAUGGAGGUGGGCAUCACGGUAAACUGUGAGGACCUGUUCAGUAGCUGCCAGUGGAAUGUGUGCAAUGCCUUUGCCACCUUUGUGGCGCGACGCACCGAGGAGGGGAAGGUGCAGCUGAAGCAGGUGAUUCCACGGACGCAGACCGAGCAGAUGGAGUACAGCAUCGCUGCAGAGAGGAGGAGGAUGAGACUGACUCAUGCUGAGAUCAUCACAGACCUACUGAGCAGCAACACAGCUCAACUAGGAGAGUGUCAGGAAUACCAGGGUGCGGUGUCAGCAGAGCGAACACGGGUGGAGAGUGUGGAGUUGGUGCUGCCUCCCCAUGCCAACCACCAGGUCAGCACCUUCGGGGGUCAGAUUAUGGCCUGGAUGGAGAACGUGGCCACCAUCGCAGCAUGUCGUCUGUGUAAUGCUCACCCCACUCUGAGGACCAUAGACAUGUUCCACUUCCGGGGCCCGUCUCACAUCGGUGACCGGCUGGUGCUAAAGGCCAUUGUUAACAAUGCCUUCAAACACAGUAUGGAGGUGGGUGUAUGUGCAGAGGCCUACCAGGGUGCGGGUGCAUUGCGGCACAUCAACAGCGCCUUCAUGACCUUUGAGGUGCUGGACAAGGACAGGAAGCCACGUACAUUACCCCGGAUACGACCCGAACCUGUGGAUGGGAAGAGGCGCUAUCAGGAGGCUAUUGCUAGGAAGAAGAUCCGUCUGGAUAGAAAGUACAUAAUCUCCUGCAAGCAAACGGAGGUUCCUCUGUCUGUGCCCUGGGACAUCAGCAACCAGAUGUAUCUCAGCUACAACAAUGUGUCUGCACUGAAAAUAAUGGCUGCUCGAAGCAACUGGAUGUUAAGCUCUGAGAAAAAUAAGGUCAGCCUGUACACGCUGGAGGAGAACCAGAUACUGUGUUUUAAGGUGGAGACUCAUGUCACUGUCCCUGCUGAACAGGCAUUCCAUCUGCUCUCAGACCUGCGCAGGAGACAUGAGUGGGACAGGCAUUACCAAAAAUGUGAUGUGAUCAUCCAGGCAGAUGAGGAUGACACUAUCUACCGCGUGGCCACUCCGUGUGUCAGUAAGGGGGGGAAGGGCCAGGACUUCAUCCUCCUGGCCUCUAGGAGGAAGCCCUGUGACUCCAGGGACCCGUACCUGAUUGCCCUGCGCUCUGUCACCCUGCCGACCCACCCUGCCACUGAGGACUACACCCGGGGGGAGGUGCUCUGUGCCGGCUUCAGUAUCUGGGAGGAGUCCAACGCUGUCACCAAGAUCUCCUACUACAACCAAGCCACGCCAGGAGUCCUCCCUUACAUCUCCAACGACAUUGCAGGCCUUUCCUCAAGCUUCUACGGCACCUUCCACUCCUGCAACAAGUACCUGGAGGAGAACAGAGACAGCCUGGCCGUCCUGCCCCCCUCUGACCUGUGACCGAAUGGUUUCAUCAUGCUGGCCCAGCACCUCCUACCCUAUCCACCCCUCUCCUCCUUAGGAGAUCUAGGAGAUAGUUCUGGGAUACCCCCCUCUCGACUUCAACUGCCAAGGAAAUCAGGACUUAUGCAUUUCUAAAAUGUGGGAUUUUCAAAUGUGGGAUUAGUCAAAGGACUUUUUGUUGUUACUACUGUUACUGUCUUUGAUGUGAUAUUCCAGUGUACAUUUUCUACACUACAAGUUACUUACUUAUUGCAGUUGUGCUCUGUAUUAAAUGUUAGAUCUUAUCUGGGCAUUAAAACAGUUAGUAGCCCUAUGAACAUGAGAAGUAUGCAAAUGAGUUUGUUAUGCUGCAGUUAGGCUCCCAAGUGGCGCAGCAGUCUAAGGCACUGCAUCUCAGUGCAAGAGGCAUCACUAGAGUCCCUGGUUUGAAUCCAGGAUGUUCCACAUCCGGACGUGA